CAAAUUUACAUUGGAAUGAACUAUAUGUUCCUUUGUUUCGUCCCUUUCUUUCAUGCUUGUCUCGAGCAACCCUCGCCAGUCCCCGCUAAGGACUCACUCAGCCACUAGGUGGCAACCCUCAUUCCCUUUUUCACUUCAACAGUUCUGACCACCAAAGACGUCCGCGGGCACCUAAACCGUCCAACCAGGUGCGUCACCGCCGGCAAAUUAACCCGAGUGGGCCACUUAUCCGAAGUAACAGAAAAUACAUACAAAAAAUUUCACCAUUCAGCACACUUGUUCUUGUCAUUCUUGGUUUGUUUCAAAGUCCUCAACUUUUAUCGUAAACCCUGAUUAUUAUUCUAUGAAUGUACUUAAUUUGGUGUUAUCAUAGCUUGUUUUGGAUUUCUUUCGCAUCAAAAUUGAAACUAUGAUAUCUACUGAGUUAGGACAGGUUGCAAAAUUAGGUAGAAUAUUGUUUGAGAGGUGUAUUUGGGUUUACUUUUAAUAGUCUAAUAAGUUGGGUGUAGUAUGUAAUCUUGAUUGCAGUUUGUGAAAAACAAAGUUGAGCCACUGAAUUAUUUUGUGAAUGGUUAGUUAAGAUUUCUUAGUAAGUUCUCAUGGCAACCAAAUCAGUUUUCCGAUUGAGUGAAUCAACCUUAACGAUCCCCACCGUUCUCAAAUUAGCCACCUAUUCACCGGUUCGUACUCGUCAAGUUCAUGGUUACAUUCUCAAAACCGGCCUUAUUGUUGAUAAUUCUCUCUCCACAAAGUUACUGUCUCUUUACUCUAAUCACCAAUGUUUUGCUGAAGCUACAAUAUUUCUUGAAUCAAUCGACGAACCUAGUUCAUCAUCAUUCUCUACUGUCAUCAAUGCCUUUUCUAAAUUCAGCCUUUACAGCAAUGUUCUCCAUUUGUUUAGUAAGAUGUUAUCAAAGGGUUUGAUACUUGAUAGCUAUCUCCUCCCUGCUGUGGCAAAGGCAUGUGCUGGGCUGUCAGCCCUUGAAAUUGGCAGGCAGGUUCAUGGACUUGCACAAGUUUCUGGGUGCACUUUGGAUGAAGUUGUCCAAUCAUCUUUAGUUCAUAUGUAUGUCAAAUGUGGUCGGUUGAAUAUUGCAAGCAAGCUUCUCGACACAAUUCCUGAACCAGAUAUUGUUACUUUUAGUGCUAUUAUUGCGGGUUAUGCUAGAAAUGGCAAUGUUGAUAUAGCCAAAAGACUGGUGUGUGACAUGAGAAAGUUGGGGUUGAAGCCGAAUUUAGUGUCAUGGAAUGGUUUGAUAGCAGGGUUUAAUCAAAGUGGAAAAUAUCAGGAGGCUAUGCAUGCCUUUUACGAUAUGCAUUUGCAAGGAUGUCAGCCUGAUGGAAGUAGUUUUUCUAGUGUUUUAUCUGCAAUAGCGGACUUAGAGGCUGUAAAUGCUGGAAUUCAAGUUCAUGGUUAUGUAAUCAAGAGGGGUUUUACAUCUGACAAAUGGGUUGUUAGUUCCCUUGUCGAUAUGUAUGGUAAGUGUGCAUGCGUAUCACAGAUGAAGCACGUGUUUGAAGAGAUGGGCUGUGUAGAAGUAGGCACUUGCAAUGCCGUACUUUCGGCGCUUGCUCGGAAUGGUCUGGUUGAUGAUGCACUUGCAAUGUUUAAUCAAAUGAGAGAACAAGCGGUCGACUUAAAUGUUGUUUCUUGGACAUCAAUGAUUGGUUGCUGUUCCCAAAAUGGAAAAGAUAUUGAGGCUUUGGAGCUUUUUAUAGAGAUGCAGUGUGCGGGUGUGAAGCCCAAUGUCGUCACCAUCCCUUGCUUGCUUCCUGCCUGUGGCAAUAUUGCAGCAUUAAUGCAUGGCAAAGCAGCACAUUGCUUCUCUCUCCGGAGGGGUUUAGUGAAUGAUGUAUUUGUUGGUAGUGCUCUCAUAGACAUGUAUGCAAAGUGCGGCAAAAUCAGGGAUUCUCAGCUAUGUUUUGAUGCAAUGCCCACCAGAAACUCGGUUUCUUGGAAUACAAUAAUUGGUGGAUAUGCUAUGCAUGGAAAAGACAAGGAAGCACUGGAGAUGUUUGAUUUGAUGGUUAAGAGUGGACAAAAGCCAAACUCUGUAACAUUUACUUGUUUUCUAUCUGCAUGUAACCAGAAAGGUCUUGUUGAUGAGGGGUGGCAUUGUUUCAAUAGCAUGCAUGGAGAGCAUGGUGUUGAAGCUAAAAUGGAGCACUAUGCUUGCAUGGUGAGCCUCCUAGGUCGUGUAGGAAAGCUUGAAGAAGCCUAUUCAUUGAUAAAGGAAAUGCCUUUUGAGCCAAAUGCUUGUGUUUGGGGAGCUCUGUUAAGUUCUUGUAGAAUCUACAAAAAUUUACAGCUAGGAGAAAUAGCAGCCGAGAGGCUAUUCAAGUUGGAACCUAGAAAUCCUGGUAACUAUGUCCUUCUUUCUAACAUCUAUGCUUCAAAACGUAUGUGGGAUGAUGUUGACAGGGUGAGAGAUUUGAUGAAGGAGAUAGGCUUAAAGAAAAACCCAGGAUGUAGUUGGAUUGAGAUCAAGAACAAAGUCCACAUGCUUCUAGCCGGGGAUAGAGAACAUCCCCACAUGGCCAAAAUCAUUCAAAAGUUGGAAGCUCUAGGCAGAGAAAUGAAGAAAGCAGGUUUGGAUCCUAAAAUUGAUUAUGUGCUUCAAGAUGUGGAGGAGCAGGACAAGGAACAGAUGUUGUGCGGACAUAGUGAAAAGUUAGCUGUAGCUUUUGGGCUGCUAAAUACACCUGCAGGUUUUCCUCUUCGUGUUAUUAAGAACCUUAGAAUAUGUGGUGAUUGCCAUGCGGUUAUUAAAUUUAUUUCCAGCAUUGAACAGCGAGAGAUAUUUGUCAGAGACACUAACCGAUUUCAUCAUUUCAAAGACGGGGAAUGUUCUUGUGGAGAUCAUUGGUGAAUGACAUUGUCGUACCAGGACUAUAACACCUAAUGAGGAGAUGAAGUGGCACAUUUCGUCACACUUUUGGUAUUGUAAUGGCAAACUGUGCUCGGCUUUGGACAGUUUCUGGAAACCAGUGUUGUGGAUACAUUGUACUUGUUCUUUUACAAUGGCCAAAUGACAAAUGUGUUCUAACUUUUUCAUGAUGAAGUUUCUGGAAAUCUUGCAACGAUAAGAUUGUGAAGUAUUUAAUGUGAUCUCUGUCACUCAGACUCUUUGUUGCAACUCAACUAUCGGUGUUCAGUUCUCACACUAAGACAUGGGUGUGGACACCCUUCAUUUUGGACCAAUAUAUCAGGAAUAGUCGAAUCUGAUACUUGGACCCAACAAAUUGUCUGACAUGGCUAUGUGAGUCCGAGUAACAAAACUGUGACCCAUCUAUAGGCAAAAGCUGUGGCCCAUCUAUCAAGUCACUUGCAACUGCUUAUGAGCAUCAUUCUUGGGUAGCUAUUUCACAGAUUGGAAUUCUGUUUCAAGUAGUGCAGAAACCAUCUGUCAAGAAUCUAUUGCUAUUUUUUGGUGAUGAUUGCCUUAUUGGGAGAAAGACUCUUCUCUUUGGAUAGAACAGAAACAAGCUCCUUAUCUGAAUAACGCAUAUACAGAGUGCUUUGCUCUUUACUUAAGUUGUUGUCAUGCAGGCCAUUCAUGAUGUGAUAUUCUUUUAUACGUGCACUAGGUUUGGAGUCUGAGCAUUUAUAGGCAAAAGAUUGGUGUCUUAUUCAUGGAUUGCAAUGGGUGUUUUAAUCAUGGAGCAAAGUAUCCAUAUACAUCUCAAAGAAUACUUUGAACUCAAAAUUGUACUUAAUUGGACUUUUGAACUCGAAAAUUUGGGUCUAGUUUGAGAUGUUUGGAUUGGAUAGGUUCAAAUUUUGGAACUUUUACAACCUACUUACACCCCUAAUCGAAAUUUGUAUCGAACUUAUUCCUCCCUAAUUUCCCUGCGAAUUCCGAUCUAAAAAAAAAAAGCAAAUUAUGGUCGGUUUUGCUCAUUUUCGGCCCAUUUUGGACCAAUUGCGAACUGAAAAAAGAGAAUUAGAUAGCGAAUUAUGCACUGUCCCAAACGGGCCAACACCUUUACUUUCAGAUAGAAGCAACAUGUAAACAAUUAUGCAAUUCUUCAGUGUUUUUUGCAUCUGCUGAAGAAUGUUUCCGGUUUUUGUUUUAAGUCAAUUUUUGAUCUUAGAACAUUUAUAACUUGAUAAAGCAGCCCAUCCCUGGCGAUUUCAGAUCUCCUCCGUAAUACUCGUUGCAGGGGAAAAGCUCUUGUUUUCAGAUGUCAAGUGGCUUGUGCCCUCAUUGUGUCAGCCAGUUUUCCAUCUUUUACUCCUGCUUGUAUCUCCCUUUUUCUGUUUAGAGUCUUGCUCUAUAUGAAUGCUUUGUAUGUGGAUUGUGUUUUGGAUGGAGUUAGAUGUUGUCCUCCCUACUGGGUGUGCUUUUAGCGCUAUAAAAGUUCACUCCCUUUGGAAGUGAUACCUAGUGGGAAGUUGACAUCGUCUCUCUUGGAUUAAGAAAAAAAAUAUUCCAAAUUACUCCAUCCGUCUCAUAAUAUAGUGCGUACUUUAUUUUUUGUGGGUCAAACUUUAAAAUUUUUGACCGAAUAUUCUCAUUUGUAUGUAUAAAAAACAUAUUCAUGUGGGAUCUUGUUAGAUUCGUCUCAAUGUGUAAUUUCAUAAUAUCUUCAAUACGGAAUUGAAAAUAUCAAAGGUCAAAGUUACGUCUCAGAGACCGUGCAAGAAAGUAUCAAGCACUAUAUUAUGAGACGGAGGGAGUAUCAUUUAUAAAAAAAAAAAAAAACAUUUGUUACGAUGCAGGAAUCUUCCGCAAGAGGGAAUUGAAAUUGCUUUAGCUUGUGAAAUUAUGACUAGAUAAUAUGCAAUCAUAGAUAUUACAUGCCUUUGUCUUUUUCUUUCUUUAGUCUUUUGUGAUUUGCUUGUUUGGAAGAUUUUUAACUCCCGAGGUUAGCAUAAGAUGAUUACUAAGUACUAAAAAGGUAAAAGAUUACUAUUAAGGUUAUGUUCAGUUCAUCUUUCUUUUACUUAUUUUAGAUUUAAUCAGGUCAGAUCAAAA